UCAUACCCGCGCACACACUCGUCGCGCCCACCCCAUGUCCUCCUUUUCUCCAACUCCAUCAGAGCUCGCGCUCGUCAACAGCAUCUUCGCCAAGGCCGAUCCGCAAAAACUCGGGAUUGUCACCGGCGACAAGGCAGUCGAAGCUUUCGCUGGCGCAAACCUACCGCCAAAUGUCCUUGGCGAAAUAUGGGCUCUCGCCGACAAGGAAAACAACGGUUUCUUAACGCGAAAAGGCGUCGCCGUUGCGCUGAGACUGAUUGGGCACGCUCAGAAAGGCGAGCAGCUCAAUGAAUCCUCACUCGAGAGGCCCGGUCCGCUGGCUCAUAUUGAGGGUCUUUCUUCAAGGCCUUCGUCAAUACCUUCAAGUCCUCCUCCCAAGUCACCGCCAGCAAGGGGUGUUAUUUAUCCUCCUCUCACGCCCGAGGACAAGUCGAAGUUCUUACGCCUCUUCCUUGGCUGCGGACCUGUCAAUGGUUUGCUUAACGGGGAUAAAGCAAGAGAUGUCUUCGUCAAGUCGAAAUUGCCUUUCGAGAAGCUGUCGCACAUCUGGUCUUUGGCAGAUACUCAAGAUCGGGGCAUGCUGGAUCAGACAGAUUUUACAAUUGCUAUGUAUUUCAUUCAGGCGAUCAUGUCUGGUCAGCUCAGUAACCUCCCUGCGACGCUUCCACCUGGUUUGUAUGAGCAGGCGGGUGGACGCGCACCCGCAGCUGUAACGUCGCAUGGCACCGGAGGAAGUGUUUCCUCGAUGAGUCCGUCUUUGUCUGGCGCUUUCCCUCCCCCAGCACCACUUGCUGUACAGACCACGGGCAGCGGUGCUCGGCGGCUCCAACCUCAGGCUACUGGCCAAGAAUACAACCGAUUUAGUAUGGCAAUUCCGCCUCAGCAGCAACAGCCUUCGGUACACUUCGCACAGAAUUCUGUAACGGCUCUAGGAGCCAGUGCCUUUGGCGGUGCACAGCAGCCGUGGGAUGUGACACCAGAGGAGAAAACACGCUUCGACCAAUACUUUGACGGGCUGGAUUCCCAGAAGCGCGGUUUCAUUGAGGGAGACGUCGCGGUGCCUUUUAUGCUACAAUCAAAGCUCUCCGAGGACGUUCUUGCACAAGUCUGGGAUCUCGCGGAUUUAAACAAUGAUGGCCGACUAACACGCGACGGAUUUGCAGUAGCCAUGCAUCUCAUUCAAGGUAAACUGGCUGGAAAAGAUAUCCCCGCCGCCCUUCCACUAUCACUCGUACCGCCCAGUAUGCGAGCCCCACGCUUGUCAGGUGCUGCGCCUGCUCCUGCGCCAGCAGUCCCAGAACCGGUCCGCGAUCUUUUGUGGGAUGACUCUCCACCAGCAUCUGCAACAGCACAACAACACACGAUACCACCAGUCAAUUCGCCUCCUAUCACGCAGGCAACCCCAGUGCUUCAUCCUCAAACGACUGGUCGCAUUUCACAGCAGCCAACAGGUGCCAUUGCCCAUAGCCCUCCAGUCGCUCCAGCCAUUCCCGCGCGUCCAACCGAUCCAUUCGGUGCGUCGCCGUUCACCUCUCCUGCACAUCGAGAUUUGUUGAGCGAUGAUGAAGCCACCACAUCUGCAGCUGUCCCAGACAAUUCAGCAGAAAUUGGUAACGUGCAAAAUCAGAUUAACUCCACGAAUCGCUCGCUUGAGAGCACGAAAGCAGAAAGGCAAAACAUAGAGACUACACUUGCAACCCAAGCAAGUCAACUUUCUGCGCUUCAAACUCAACUAUCUUCUGCGAAGGCAGCUUAUGAGACCGAAACGAAGCUUCUCGAGACGUUACGUGAACGCUUCGCCACACAAAGUGCAGAUAUUGCAAAGACCCGCGAGGAGCUCAUUCGUGCAGAGAGCGAUCUUAGUGCAAUCCGAGUUGAAAAGGCAGAGGUUGAAGGUUCGGUACUUCGCGACAAAGAAGAGGUACGGGAACUACAGCGUCGCAUGAAAGAGGUCGGCGAGGAAACCGAACAUACAAAAGCCGCGAUAGAGAAGGCGAAGAAAGAAACAAAGCACCAGAAAGGCCUGCUCGCUAUUGCGAAGAAGCAACUUGCUACUCGGGAAGCUGAAAGGGCCAAAGCUGUGAAGGAACUUGAGGAGUCUGAGCGCGAGACUAAUGAGACUCAGCAGGGAUUGGAGGCGACUGAGGCUGAACUUGCUAAAGAACCCGCGCCAAUUCAGGCGAACGGCAUCGCGUCGCCUUUGACUCAUCCUGAACCGUUGAGGACAGACACACCAUCAUUUGCAGCAGCUCAACCACUCCCAGCUAGCCCUAGUAUGUCUCCACCGCCUGCGGUCGGUUCGCCUUCCAUGAAAACGAACAACCCGUUCGGACGUCUCGUGAUGCAGUCAACGGGUUCUCGUCCUGCAUCUCCAUUUGCCGCGCCUGCAUCAGACAUCUUCUCUGUCCCGACUCCGCCCACGCAGACAGAGGCCUCACAAUCCUCAGAGUCACCCUUCGCUCCCGUUGUAGCUUCCGAAAAACUUGAAGACGCGCCUCGUGCAGCAUCACCACAUGUAGUAGCUGCCGAACCAUCGUCAUCUACGUCGGCACCAUCUGCGAUAGAUGAUCCGUUUGGGCUAUCGGAAGGAGGCAAGGAAAGCAGUGCAACAUCUGUGGCAGAAAGCCCAGAGAAGCCUGUUUCUCCUGAGUCUAAAGUCAAGCCUGAAGCCGAGAGUUCUGAGCCUCAAGUAUUGACCUCCCUAGGGAUUGGUGAAUCUGAAAGCACACCUAAGGUGCACGAGAGUUCCUCCUUGUCGGAGGCUAUCAACGAUGCUGCCAAGCAGUUCCCUGCUAUUGAAACGCAAAUUCCGGGAGGCUUGCCUGUACCCGAUGAUGCCGCCGCUGGCCAUACCGACCUCAACUCGCAGUUGCUAGAGAAGGAGGAGGGGAGUGACAGUGACAGCGAUAGCGAUAAUGAUGGUGACUUCCAUGACGCUAAGGAAGCACGUACGUCUAUAGGCAGCCCUGUCGACUCACCGGCGAAGGUCAGUGCCAUCGGAGCUGUGGCUGAUGCCGCCCAUUCUGCACCUGUUGCAAACUCGAGUGCGUUUGAAGACGCCUUCGGACUGAAAGAAAGUGAACCAAAGGCUGAACCAACAACGAAUGGGCUACCCGCGAGUAAAGACUCUAUCGCCGACUUAUUCUUCUCCCCAUCUACGGCAACGUACGAGACUCCAGCUAAUGGCAAAGUACCCGAGAGGAGUUCACCUUUUGACAACGUACAAAAUGCUACUUCUGGCGUGAAUGCCUUCGAUGAAGCCAUGGGCAAGAUAUCGGCGCCAAGCAGUUCCACGGCACCGCAAUUCAAGCUUGACUCUGCCUUCGAUGACAAUUUUGACUUCACGGCAGCGAAGGCCGAGCUUGAUCCUUCGGCAUCAUCGUUCCCUUCUGCCCCAGUCGUGAACGGCUCUUCGCAAGGGCCAGUAAAGACGCCUUCUAUGGACCUUGGUUCAGCGUUUGUUCCAGCUUCGUCGGCCCAGGACACGGUCGCGAAGGCACAAGAAGAGAGUAAACCGGCCUUCUCUUUCGAUGAUGCAUUUGGUUCCGUCGGUCCUUCGCAAGUAGCGUCGCAGCCGUCAGCAGGCGACCACGGAAUUUCGUUCGAGGAUACCUUCGGUGGCGGCAGCGACAAGGCCUUGGCCCUGGACUUCAAUGCCCCUCAGGCAGCCUCUCCAACCGUCAUGACGGAGCCUCGGCAAGCCGAACCGGAGACGACACCGUUCCCGGUUCAAUCGCCCCCGACGUCACCAAAGGCUGCACCGACGCAAGCAUCACCGUCGACCGUCCGGUCUGCGACCCCUCCGCCACGGAGAUCAACGGGUUCAUCAACGGAAGGUCCUCCGUCCGUGAAGCCACCACCGCAACAUCGUCAUUCCAAACUUAGCAUCCGAUUGCCUUUCGGACGCAAAGACAAGAAGAAAGCUAAGCAUAACCCUCCGCCAAUGCCACCGCCGCAACAUUUAACGACCGUAGCCGAACCCGCCGGAGGAUCCCACACGCCAGCGGUUGAAGAUGACGUCGAGCCCGUGAAGCAGCUAUGUGGUAUGGGUUUCAGCCGGGUUCAAGCGGUAACUGCGCUUGAAAAACAUGGGUAUGAUGUCCAACGGGCCCUGAAUAGUCUACUCGGCAGCGCUUAAAGAAGGCAACUGCCUAACUUCUCUGCCAUGCAGUGCCCACGUUUUCUUUCCUUUGUCUUUAAUUGCUUAAUGAAUACCGUUCCUGUAUACUUUGUCUUUUACUUGCCGGAACCGACCGCUUACCGCCCUCCUUUCUUUCUCCACAUCCGCUCUUCUAUGGAAUCCACACCAGUCCACCACACGCUCGUUCCAAUAAAUGUCGUAUGCCUUUUUACCUAGUUCCUUCCUUAUCUGGUU